AUGAUCCCCAAAACCAUGGUUUCCAACGAGGUUUACCUGCUGCCACUCAACGAUGAUGGCUCGCCCCAGGUCGCCGGCGAGUACAUCUAUCUGGCACCCAAGACCAACGACCCCGUGACCAUUCGAUUUGCCAUCGAGGGCACAUCGAGCAUCUGCCGCCAUGGCAGCUUGUGGGUCAACAUUCCCGAACAGGGACAAGAGUUCCGCCGGGACAAAUUUCGAGAGUUCAAGCUUGUCCCCGAUUUCAACCGCACACUUGAGAUCUCGAUCCCCAUCUACGAAGCCGGUGCUUAUGCCUUUUACACCACAUACGCCGAGCUGCCCGACCUUGCAAACAACUUGAAGCCCCAGACAAAUGGCAAUGCCAAGGUCCAGACCAAACAGACACCAACAUACUACAUCGAUGUUGCACCACGGCUUUCUCUCGAUGGUCAACCACUGCCGCUGCCUGCACUGUCCGUAUUCUCUAUUAUUAGCAAGUUUAUGGGCAAGUAUCCCAAUGACUGGGAGAAACAUCUCCGUGGCAUCAGCGACAGGGGCUACAACAUGGUCCACUUCACGCCACUGCAAGUGAGAGGUGACUCGAAUUCCCCAUACAGUCUCUACGACCAGCUCGGGUGGGACCCAGUCUGUUUCCCUGGGGGUGAGAAGGAUGUGAAGAAGUUGGUCGAUAGCCUCGAAAAGAACCACUCUCUUCUCAGCUUGACCGACAUCGUCCUCAACCACACAGCACACAACAGCGAGUGGCUUCUGGAGCACCCAGAAGCUGGCUACAAUCUCACCACAGCACCAUGGCUCGAGUCGGCAUAUCUUCUGGACACCAAGCUGCUCGAGUUGGGCUUCAAGCUGGGAGACCUCGGGUUGCCUACGGAACUCAAGUCUGUUGACGAUUUGGUGCUGAUCAUGGGUGCGAUCAAGAAGGAGGUCAUUGCUGAGAUCCGCCUCUGGGAGUACUAUGUUCUGGACGUCGAACGGGAUGCUGAUGCGGCUGUCGAAUCUUGGGUCGUUGGCCGGACCAACUUCCCAGACGGUUCCAUCGGCAGCCAUGGUCUAGACGGCCUUCGCUCUACUUCCCUUGAGGAACAAGCGCAAUGGAUCACCAAGCAUGGUCUUCAAAACAUGGAUCGUCUAGGAGAGCGUUUUAGGAGGCGUGCCGACCCCAGUGUGGCUGCGGCCCUCUUAUCCGUUCUGUUUGGCAAGUACGAAGGCAACAAGGGCAGCGCUGCCGACCAAGCCGCUGCUCGCAACGCCCUUGUCAAGAUCCUAGACGUUGUCAAUGUGCCCUUCUACGAGGAAUACGACGCUGAAGUUGCCGAUACUCUCCAGCAGGUCUUCAACCGUAUCAAGUAUGUCCGGUUGGAUGACAACGGCCCAAAGCUUGGACCGAUCAACCAGGCGAACCCCUUGAUUGAGACCUACUUCACUCGUCUGCCUCUGAAUGAGAAGACCAAAAAGCACAGGAAGGAGGACUUGGUGCUUGUGAACAACGGCUGGGUCUGGGGUGGAAAUGCUCUGGUCGACAAUGCCGGCCCUGAAUCCCGAGUCUACCUUCGCCGUGAGGUUAUCGUCUGGGGUGAUUGCACCAAGCUCAGAUAUGGUGCCGGGCCUCAAGACAGCCCAUGGCUGUGGGAACACAUGACCAAGUAUGCUCGCAUGUUAGCCAAGUACUUUGCCGGCUUCCGCAUUGACAACUGCCACUCGACUCCUCUUCACGUUGCCGAGCACAUCCUCGACGAGGCUCGCCGCGUGAGACCUAAUCUAUAUGUUGUCGCCGAGCUCUUUACGGGCUCCGAGGAGAUGGACUAUGUCUUUGUCAAGAGACUUGGCAUCAGCUCUCUCAUUCGUGAGGCCAUGCAGGCGUGGAGCACUGGUGAGCUGAGUCGUCUUGUUCACCGUCAUGGUGGUCGCCCCAUUGGCAGCUUCGAGGUGGAUGAGAUCUCGAGUGCGGAUGUUCGCAGUGCCUCCAAGACCAACGGCACAAACGGUACCAAUGGUGCGAACGGACAUUACACACGUGAGAUCAUUCGCCGCAUCAAGCCAGUUCCUGUCCAGGCACUCUUCAUGGACUGCACCCACGAUAACGAGGUUCCUGCUCAGAAGCGCGAUGCCCGUGACACGCUGCCCAAUGCUGCCCUUGUCAGCAUGUGCGCGAGUGCCACCGGCAGCGUCAUGGGUUACGACGAGAUCUAUCCUCGUCUGAUCGAGCUUGUCCACGAGACCAGACUGUACACAUCCGAAUCUUCCAAGUUCCCAGUCAAGGUCGGCGAAGGCAAGGGUGGCAUCGCUGGUGUCAAGAAGCUUCUCAAUCAGAUCCACACCCUGAUGGGUAUGGAUGGUUAUGAUGAGACGCAUAUCCACCACGAAGAUCAGUAUGUCACUGUUCACAGAGUUCACCCAGUAUCUCGCAAGGGAUACUUCCUCAUUGCCCAUACCGCGUUUCCGGGAUAUGGAAACGGGAAUGGCGCUUUCAACCCCGUCCACCUGACCGGCACCAAAGCCAAACACAUUGGUAGCUGGAUGCUCGAGGUUGAUGCAAGCAAGGAGGCUGUGGAAGAGGUUCUGAGCGACAAGAAGCUGCUCCGUGGCCUUCCCAGUCGUCUAAUUGGUCUCCCUGGCGUUCGUAUGGAGGUCAAGGGCCAAGACACCAUUAUCACUGUCCGCGAAAAGUUCCCUCCUGGCAGCAUUGCGCUCUUUGAGACUUGGAUCCCCGCGGCGGAGCACUCGAGUGGUUUGGACACCUUUGUCACGUCCGGAGCCAAGGCCGCGAUGGCCGAGCUUGACCUGGUUGAUCUCAACUUCCUUCUCUAUAAGUGCGAGCCGGAAGAACGUGACGCCAGCGAGGGGAGAGAUGGCGUCUAUGACAUUCCCGGACAUGGCAAGCUUGUCUAUGCUGGCCUUCAGGGCUGGUGGAGCAUCAUGAAGGAUAUCACCAGGGACAAUAACCUGGCUCACCCACUGUGCCAAAACCUUCGUGAUGGACAGUGGGCGCUGGACUAUACCCUGGGUAGACUUGAGCGUGCGGCCAAGAAGGAGAACUACAAGCGGUUGGGUAAGCCUGCUGCCUGGCUCAAGGAGCGGUUCGAUGCCAUCCGUGGUAUUCCUAGCUUCCUUCUCCCGCGGUACUUUGCCCUGGUUCUCAGGACUGCGUACAUGGCUGCAUUCAAAAGGGGCAUUUCCCUCAUGAACAACAAUGUUCAGAAGGGGCAAUGGUUCCUCCAAAGCCUCAGCAUGGUGAGCGUUCAGCAGACUGGUCUUGUCAAGUCCGCCUCGCUCUACCCUGAUCGCCUGGUCCCAUCGCUCGCUGCUGGCCUUCCUCACUUUGCUGUUGAAUGGGCUCGCUGCUGGGGACGCGACGUCUUCAUCUCUCUCCGUGGUCUCUACCUCGGUACCGGUCGCUUCGAUGAGGCCAAGGAACACAUCCGUGCCUUUGCUAGUGUGCUGAAGCACGGCAUGAUCCCCAACCUUCUCGGUAGUGGUAACACUCCGCGAUACAACGCCAGAGACUCUGUUUGGUUCUUCUUGCAGUGCAUCCAAGACUACACUCGGAUCGUUCCUGAUGGGCUGUCGCUGCUUGACGAGAAGGUCAAGAGACGGUUCCUGCCAUAUGACGACGCCUACUUUGAUACCGCCGACACUCGUGCCUACAGCAAGGAGAGCACCAUCCGCGAGAUCAUCCAGGAGGUCUUUCAGCGCCACGCCGAGGGCAUGAAGUUCCGCGAGGCCAAUGCCGGCCCUAACCUUGACAUGCAGAUGAGUGACAAUGGCUUCAACCAAGAGAUCAAGGUCGACUGGUCCAACGGUUUUGUGUUUGGUGGCAACCAAGACAAUUGCGGCACUUGGAUGGACAAGAUGGGCGAAAGCGAAAGAGCUCGCUCCAAGGGCGUCCCGGGCACUCCCCGUGACGGCGCCGCCGUUGAGAUCACCGGUCUGUUGUACAGCGGUCUCAAGUGGUUUGCCUCCCUCCACGAGCAAGGCAAACACGACCAAUCCGGCGUCAGAAAAGCCGACGGCUCAACCAUCACCUUCAAGGACUGGGCCGCUCUCAUCAAGAAGAACUUUGAGCGCUGCUACUUUAUCCCCAUCUCUUCCGAAGACGACAAGGACUACGACGUCAACCCUGCCAUCAUCAACCGCCGUGGCAUCUACAAGGACUUGUACAAAUCCGGCAAGGAAUACGAGGACUACCAGCUCCGUCCCAACUUCCCCAUUGCCAUGACCGCCGCCCCGGAUCUGUUUGUCCCUGAGCAUGCCAUGCACGCGCUUUGCAUUGCGGACUCUGCUCUUCGCGGCCCGACGGGCAUGGCUACGCUUGACCCGAGCGAUUUGAACUAUAGGCCUUAUUACCGCAACAGUGAGGACAGUGAUGAUUUUGCGACGAGUAAAGGGAGGAACUAUCACCAGGGGCCGGAGUGGUUGUGGCCUACGGGGUUCUUCUUGAGGGCGCUGCUCAAGUUUGAUCUGAUGAGAAGGGGGAAGGAGGAUGCGGAGGGAAGGACGGAGGCGUUCCAGCAGGUGACGAGGAGACUGAUUGGGUGUAAAGAGAUGAUUGAGCGGAGCCCAUGGGCGGGGUUGACCGAGUUGACGCAGAAGGGGGGGGAGGAGUGUGCUGAUUCUUCACCUACUCAGGCUUGGUCGGCGGGUUGCUUGAUUGAUCUUUAUAUGGAUGCUGCGGAGGAGCAGGCGAUUUUGGAGGCGAAGAGUUUGCCUCUGAGGUAG